GGCUUUCGCUGGGGGCGCCCCACCUCCUCGUCGCUCGAACAGUCGAACUGAACCCUAACCGUUAGAGCACAGCGCGGCGCCGCUUUGCCCAUGGCCACGCCGGAGACGCGCAAGAAGCCGACGCCCGGCCGAGGCGGAGUCUCCAUCCCGCUGGGUAUCUCCGAGGAGGAAGCGCGUGUCCGCGCCAUCGCUGAGAUCGUCUCCGCCAUGGCCGAGCGCUCCCGCCGAGGGGAGAACGUCAAUCUCAACGAGCUCAAGUCCGCUACUUGCCGGAAGUACGGCCUCUCCCGCGCGCCGAAGCUCGUGGAGAUGAUCGCCGCAGUCCCCGAGGCGGACCGCGACGCCCUCCUACCGAAGCUUCGUGCCAAGCCCGUCCGCACCGCGUCCGGCAUCGCGGUGGUCGCCGUCAUGUCGAAGCCGCACCGAUGCCCUCAUAUUGCUACCACCGGUAAUAUAUGUGUUUACUGCCCUGGUGGCCCUGAUUCUGAUUUUGAGUACAGCACGCAAUCAUAUACCGGUUAUGAGCCAACAAGCAUGAGAGCCAUCCGAGCCAGAUACAAUCCAUAUGUACAAGCUAGAAGCAGAAUAGACCAACUGAAAAGGCUAGGUCACAGUGUGGAUAAGGUGGAGUUCAUUUUAAUGGGAGGGACUUUCAUGUCACUGCCUAGUGACUAUCGUGAUUACUUCAUAAGAAAUCUUCAUGAUGCUUUAUCAGGACAUACAUCUUCAAAUGUUGAAGAGGCUGUACAGUACUCAGAGCACGGCACAACAAAAUGUAUUGGAAUGACAAUCGAAACGAGACCUGAUUAUUGUUUAGGACCCCAUCUACGCCAAAUGUUGUUAUAUGGUUGUACACGUCUUGAGAUAGGAGUACAAAGCACAUAUGAAGAUGUAGCUCGUGACACAAAUAGAGGUCACACAGUUGCUGCUGUAGCUGACUGCUUUUGCUUGGCUAAGGAUGCCGGUUUUAAGGUUGUUGCUCACAUGAUGCCUGAUCUUCCAAAUGUGGGAGUUGAGAGAGAUUUAGAAAGUUUUAGAGAAUUUUUUGAGAGCCCAGCAUUCAGGGCAGAUGGUCUUAAAAUCUAUCCAACGCUCGUAAUUAGAGGAACUGGACUUUAUGAGCUGUGGAAAACCGGCAGGUAUAGGAAUUAUCCACCAGAGCUCCUGGUGGACGUUAUUGCAAGGAUUCUAUCGAUGGUACCACCAUGGACACGUGUUUACCGAGUUCAAAGAGAUAUUCCCAUGCCACUUGUCACCUCCGGAGUUGAAAAAGGAAAUCUCCGUGAACUUGCAUUGGCACGAAUGGAAGAUUUAGGAUUGAAAUGCCGAGAUGUUAGAACACGUGAGGCUGGAAUACAGGACAUUCACCACAAAGUUAAGCCCGAGGAAGUUGAGCUUGUGCGACGUGAUUAUGCAGCAAAUGAGGGUUGGGAAACCUUUCUUUCAUAUGAAGAUACACGGCAGGACAUUCUUGUUGGCUUGUUGCGUUUGCGUAAAAUUGGACGUAAUGCAACAUGCCCUGAACUUACCGGGAGGUGCUCCAUGGUCCGUGAACUUCAUGUCUAUGGAACUGCAGUUCCUGUACAUGGGCGCGAUGCUAACAAGCUGCAGCACCAGGGCUAUGGGACACUCCUGAUGGAAGAAGCUGAGAGGAUCGCCCGAAGGGAGCAUCGGUCAGCAAAGGUAGCUGUAAUUUCUGGUGUCGGAACACGUCAUUAUUACCGGAAAUUGGGGUACGAACUAGAAGGUCCUUACAUGGUAAAGUAUCUAACAUAAUGUGGAGGGCCUUGCUUGUUAAAAUCCCUUUUUGCGACGUCCACUAGCAUCAUGUACAUCUAUGCUUCUGAGUGAACCAAGCUUUGUCAUAAGAUUAAUAUUUUACAACGUCGCUUAUCCCGGAGUCCUGAGAGCGACGCUAGAAGAGGAAGAUGAGCUUUCAAUCCUUGGUGGAAUUACAAUGAUGGAUGGGAAAAGUUUUGAACAAAUAAAAAAUAUGUUAAUUAAUACAAUGAGGCUAAGGUGAACUUUUAUUGUGUUUCUUUUAAUACAAAACCUUCAAGUUUGAUUUGAUUCA